AUGCAAGGUCAAAGACGUCCCUUGAGAGACGAUGCUAGUGCUAGUAGAAUGGAAAGUUCAUCCAAUUCGUCAGAUAAUGAUACAGGAAGUAAUGCUGGAUCAGGAGGUAAUGAAGAAGGAAGGCAAUACAGCCCAUUUACUGUUGAGGCUGAUUUUACUCAUGCCACCCAAGAUGAGGAUCAUGGAUGCAGAGAAGCUGGACCAGGCAUUGGGCAAUUGGGAAGCAAUACUCAAAGAAAAGAAGCCAACCAAUCAAUCCAUCUGAAGAGGACAUGGCGAUCAAUUUUGGAUCUAUGA